CGUUGCAAUUGUCUGUGCUGCACAAUCCAGUGUUUGACGAAGGAGAUAACGAUACCUGUCAGAAGUGCUCUCAAGUCACUGCCCAAGAUGAGUUUCGGAGCCCCCGGAGGUGGAUCGGUCAAUUACAAGCCCACACCUCCUGAGCGUGGUAGCUUCCCUCUUGAUCAUGAAGGAGAGUGCAAACACAUUAUUUCCGGUUACUUGAAAUGCAUCAAGUCCAAUCGAGGCACCAAUGACGAGGCGUGCCGCAAGCUUGCUAAGGAAUAUCUCACCUGUCGAAUGGAUAAGAACCUUAUGGCCCCCGAUAACUUCCAGAAUUUGGGACUGGUAUUCAAAGAUGACCAACCAAAAGGCAAUGAUGCCACUACGAGUACAGCGCAGGCACAAAAUACAGAAAAGAAAGGCUGAUUGGAGGCAGACAGAGUUAGUGGAAGGGCUUUGUACGAUACCGAAGACAUCAGCCCACCGACAAUAAGUCGGGGGCCUCAUAUUGGCGUUCAACGAGGGCAUUGCACAUAAAAAAUUGUACUAUAUACCAAUUUCAUUCUCAUCAUUCA